CUGUGCAAGCGGACCAAGAUAAAGUCUAGGGGCUAAUAGAAUUCAUUUAUAUCAUAAUAAGGACUACACCCUUGUGUCAUCUUUCAUUUCUGAUCACGCUAGCUAUGCAAGCAGACCAAGCUAAAGUCUUGGGGCUGAUAUAAUUUAUUCAUAUCAUAAUAAGGACUACACCCUUGYGUAAUCUUUCAUUCCUGAUCACGCUAGCUAACAAGCGGAAUCAGCUGAAGUCUUGGUGCUAAUGUGGUUUACAACAUAAUAAAGAUUAGUACAGUCGUGUGUCAUCUUUCAUUCCUGACACGCUAGCUAACAAGCGCAACAAGCCGAGAUCAAAAGACUGAUAAACACUAGCGAAAGCAACAUCAUGUUUAAAGAUCAUUAAUCAAAGAUCUACUAACCAAUAUCGGAGGGACGUAAAAGAACCACUGAGGACGAUGACAAGUAAGCUUUAGACGAAGAGACGUUAUUUUGACAGUCUAUGAAGUUGAUGAAAAAAACUGAAGAAAGAGAACAAAGGACUAAGCAAUCAUCGAAAAGAGAAAGCGAAAGGGCCGGAAUAAUCGACCAGACAAACAAUGAUGGACUCAGCGCUAAACAACACUUCUUUCGCGGCACAGCUGCAAUGUGCAGCAAGUGAGACUGAUUCUACCACACUCAAGGUCAUCAAGACAGUCUUAUACUCUCUAAUCAUGGUGGCUGCGCUUCUUGGGAACUUAUUUAUAAUUAUUAUCGUUUACAAGAAGAAAAACAUGCGACGAACAACCAACAUCUUCAUUGCCAACAUGGCAGCAUCGGAUAUCUUCAUCGCUGCAGUUGUCAGUCCUAGAAUUCUUAUAGAACUGUACAUAGGGCCUCGUCUUUGGCUAAUUGAUGGGAUUUUUGGAAGCUUUUUAUGCAAACUCUGUUUUUUCUUUACAGACUUUUCUGUGAGUAUUUCAAUCAUAAGCCAUGCUGUCAUCGCUGUGGACCGUUUCUGGGCAAUAGUUUAUUCUCUUCGCCCGUCCCUAUUCACCCGCUCUCGUAGAAAAUACAUCAUCGCAUUCAUUUGGUUGUACAGUUUUCUAUUUCAUUCUCCAAAUUUGUACGCUCACAGACUGCAAGAAAGAAAUGGAGCCAACUUCUGUAUGCUUGACUGGUCGCCAUUAGAUAACAAGACAUCAAAGAAAACAUUCUUCGGCGUUAUUUUCAUCAUGGUAAUUUGCAUUCCCGUCAUCUUGAUGACUGUACUAUAUUCAUGGCUAGUCAUAUCUUUGAACAGUAAAAAGAGUUUUUCAUCCCAGACAUCUGAGGUGCGCAAACAGCGUCGUAAGGAAGACAUCCGCGUGUUGAUUAAAGUCGUCGCUAUGGUGAUCAUGUUCCUAUGUUGCUUGAUCCCUAUUACUGUAUUGGCACUGCUAAUGUACUAUGCAUGGGAUGGAAACUUAGUAUGUAGUGCUUGGGGGUACGCUUUUGUAGCGCACAUGUUGUUUGUGUCUAAUAGCGCUAUCAACCCUUGGUUAUGUAUCUGUAUCCAUGAGAGCUACAGACGCCACAUCCGAAAGAUGUUUUCAUCUUGGCGAUAUCUGUCGACGGAGUCACAAAGACACAGGAAUCAAACAUUUAGUGAAUCUUGCGAAAGGACAAAGAUUCAUAGUAUUAUCAACACUAACCAAAUGAGAUUAAAAUCCAACGAUGCGAAUAGAAAAUUGUUAUUACAUUGUGACAAUGCUGUAGUGAAAGAAUCGUGUUUAUAAAAGUUGGAACAUUGGACUGUACAGUUGGUGCAAGACUAGCAUAAGAUAGAUAUUCAACGGAAUUAUAAAAAGUAAAGGACAUUAAAUCUGCAGUAGGGACUAUCUUUUUGUACCAUGCAUUACACGCAUUAACCAAUGAGACACGUGUAAUAUAUUAGUAUACACAAUGCCUCCAAACAGAACUAUUUGCAUUAUACCAUCAAGUUCACUAUAUUUGCCGGCAGCAAUCACAGCAACUAAGGGAUGCAAUAGUCCAAGGCAACACUCGAGUUGCUAAUCUUGUUAUAACCAUAUACACAGCAAGCCUAGCUAAUGGAUUAAAAAAAUUAAGCGAAACGAUCUACGGUGUACAAGUUUAAGUAACUAUUGGAUUGCAAUGUGGCUAACCCAAUACAAUAUCCAUAUAUAAGUGUCAAAUGGAUAACAAAUCAAACUGUAUGAUCAAUAAACUUUUAGUAAAAACUGUUCAUAUACCCAA